AUGGCCCCGCCAACACCAAUCUCCAUCCCACUCUUCGCCGAAACCCAGCUCCAGCUCCUCCUCCACGAACACGAAGCCGAGGUCUCCUCAUCUUCUCUCGCAAGCACCGCCGCAUCAGUCUCCCCGUCCACUCGUCGCACACUCCAGGCAACCGGCUACGCUCUCACAGGCCUGGUGCUAUCACAAUGCCGUACAGGUCUCGGCGGCCGCGUCGUCGGCGAGUUCACACCUGACCCGGCUGUCUCGACGACUGGAUCGCGGUCACAGAAUAACAAUGAUUCUCGGACAUCCGACGGACAUCCUCGUCUGGGGUCGCAUGGAAUCCGCGUGGGCGACGUGGUUCGUGUGAAUGAUGUUGCUGCGGGGACGCCGAAGAAGGCGGGCAAAGAGAAGGGCAAAGAUAGUGCGAAGGAGGGCGCGAAAGGUGGUCCGGAGGGCGUGGUUACUCGUGUUGGGGACCGUGGUGUCUGGAUUGCCUUUGGACAACGGGGUGGCGGUGGUCGGUCCAAGGAGGAUGAUGAGACUAUCGAGGAGCUAUGGGGGAAGAAGCUGUGGCUGAUUAAACUUGCCAACGAUGUCACAUACCGACGGAUGAAGCAAACGAUGGAGAAAAUCGCAAAAAUGUCAGAAUCAGAACAUUCGCAUUUCAUGCGUGUUGCCUUUGCCCACACGACCCCUUUACAGCCAGAGUAUGAUGCCUCGGGCCCUGUGGAAUUCACGGAUUCAACCUUGAAUGACUCCCAGAAAGACGCUAUUCGCUUCGCGCUCGCUUCCCAAGAUAUCGCUCUAAUCCAUGGCCCACCAGGAACAGGCAAGACGCACACCCUGAUUGAACUCAUCAUGCAGAUGGUCCAGCGACGGAAACGUAUCCUGGUCUGCGGACCGUCCAACGUGUCUGUCGAUAACAUCGUCGAGCGCCUAGCACCAAACAGGGUCCCGGUUGUGCGUAUAGGGCAUCCGGCUCGCUUGCUUCCCUCGGUUCUGGAGCAUUCCCUCGAGGUGCUCACACAGACGUCCGAUGCCGGGGGUAUUGUCAAAGAUGUCCGCCGGGAAAUCGACCAGAAACAGGCUAGCAUCCGCAAGACGCGGACGGGCCGUGAGAGGCGGGUGAUCUAUGACGAUCUGAAGCAGCUCCGGAAGGAAUUCCGGGAACGCGAGUCCAAGUGUGUGGACAGCCUGGUGCGAGAAAGUAGCGUGGUGUUAGCAACUCUCCAUGGGGCCGGCGGCCACCAGUUGAGAAACCAGAGAUUCGACGUUGUGAUCAUCGAUGAGGCCAGUCAGGCGCUCGAGGCACAGUGCUGGAUCCCUCUUGUGUCCGCGGAUAAGGUCGUGCUGGCCGGCGACCAUCUCCAAUUACCUCCUACUGUGAAAUCCACGGUGUACAAAUCCAAGGAGGCGCGUACCAACGGCACUGCUGCCGAGACCAAGAACGAUACCAAUGCUACAGAUAAAGAAACUAUGAAGGGUGUUUCGUUGGAGCGGACCUUAUUUGACCGUCUACUGGCACUGCAUGGACCAGGAAUCAAACGCAUGCUGACUACACAGUAUCGGAUGCACGAGCAAAUCAUGCGGUUCCCGUCGGACGAGCUCUACGAGUCCAAGUUGAUCGCCGCAGACGCAGUCAAAGCGCGAUUGCUGGCCGAUCUACCAUAUGAAAUCGACGGCACCGACGACACACAAGAGCCGUUGGUGUUCUGGGACACACAAGGGGGCGAUUUCCCCGAAAAGACCGAAGACGAGGAGAUCGGCAAGAAGGAGGCAUUACUGGGGGAGAGCAAAAGCAACGAGAUGGAAGCUAUGGUGGUAGCCCGGCAUUUGGACAAGUUGGUUGAGGCAGGGGUCAAACCUGAGCACAUUGCCGUGAUCACCCCUUACAAUGGGCAGCUCGCUCUUCUGUCUCAGAUACUACGAGAGAAAUACCCAGGCCUUGAACUCGGCAGCGUCGAUGGAUUCCAGGGUCGCGAGAAGGAAGCUGUUGUGGUGAGUCUGGUGCGCAGUAAUGCCGAACACGAAGUGGGGUUCCUUGGCGAGAAACGUCGACUGAAUGUGGCGAUGACGCGCCCCAAGCGACAUCUGUGCAUUUGCGGGGACUCGGAGACGAUUAGUCGCGGCAGUAGUUUCCUGAAGCACUGGAUGUCCUAUUUGGAGGAGAAUUCCGACUUGCGAUACCCCGAUGCCGCAAAUCUCCUCUAA